ACCACUACAAAGAUGUUUGAUAUAAAGGCUUGGGCUGAGUAUGUUGUGGAAUGGGCUGCACAGGACCCAUAUGGCUUCCUUACAACAGUUAUUUUGGCCCUUACUCCAUUGUUUCUAGCAAGUGCUGUACUGUCCUGGAAAUUAGCCAAGAUGAUUGAGGCCAGGGAAAAGGAACAAAAGAAGAAACAAAAACGUCAAGAAAAUAUUGCAAAAGCUAAACGACUAAAAAAGGAUUGAAGGAAUGAACAGCCGGCGCAAACCAGAAGAAAAUCAUUUGGAAAAUUAUGAAUUUGGAAGGGCCCCACUAGGGUUUCUUCUCUGGAUUUUAUGACGGUAUUAUUUAGUAAAGGAAGUCUGAGCUUAUGGAAGAAUCACGUUCUGACCUCUUAAUGUACUGUGUAGCAACUGUUAGGCUUUGGUGUAAAAGUCUGUGGACAGUUCUUGUAAAUUGGCAUUUAUUAUGCUACAAAUUCUUUAUAGGUGACCUAGUCAUUUGCCAUUUUGCAACUUAUAUACUGAAAUGAAAACAUCCUGUGGAGAAAAAUGACUUUUCAUUAUGAACUCCAUUCAAAUAUGGCUUAAAAUAGGGUCCUGGUCUAGAUAAAGGAAAUUAAGAAUGUAAAAAUCAGCAUUGUCCUCUCUGAGUGAAAAGUAUGCUUUGGUUUAAAAGAGAUACAGUAAAUUAAUUACAUCUUUUAUCAUUGCUUAUUUCUUGGAAUAGAAUCAUUUCUGGCUUUCUCAAAGCAAAAUAAUGAGUACUUCUAUUUUCUGCAUUUUUCUGAUGUUAGCCUUUGAGAUACUGGUAAUUAUUGGUCAUUUUGCAUUUUUUAAAAUCUAAUUUUAUAAAGAAUUCUCUUAUUAUCUUGACUAUGUAGAAUACCACCUACUGGAUGUAACAAUUUUUGUGCUUAUGGACACUGCCAUUUUCUUAGAUGACUCGUUGAGUAACACUAUGAUUUAAAGCUUGCAGUAAAAACCCCAAACCUUGUAGUACCUUGGAAGCAGUUUAUUUGUACUUGUGCUAAGUGGAAAUGUGAAGUAGUUAAAAUGUCUUAUCAGAUAAUUUGCUGAUUAUAUAGAUACCACUUUUGUUUUCUAUUCCAGUCAUUGUUUUAACUCAUGGUGGUAAUGUCCUAUACUGUUUGAUCAAACAGGUUCAUGGUGAAAAUUAAAAUUUUGAUUUCUUUUGAGGAACUUUAAGUCAGAUUUCACAAGUGGUAAACAAAAGCUUAAAAUUUGGAAAAAUUUUGUUGGGCAUACUAGUAAUUGGGUGAAAAGGUAAAUUAUGUCAAAAUGAGAAUGUGUUAAAAUUCAAAAUAAAGAGCCAAAGGAUAUUUCCUUCAGUUAAGUAGUAAAACUGGAAUUUUUUACUAUUAAAUAUGGCUUUUAUAAAUGAUUGGUCCAAUCAUUUUAUUCAUUGUAUUUAAUAUCUUAUUAACGUUUUCCUCAUCUCUGAUAAUUUUAAAUUACAAAAACUUAUCCAAUAGCUUUCAUUGAAAAAUGAAACUAGAUAUUGAAAUAAAUUUGAUACUUUUUUAUAAAGAA